CCUAAAACCCAAGCAGCACAUGUCGGGCAGUCUGCUCCCUGCGGCUCCGGCCAUGCCUUGGGUUGUUCUCGUGGCCGUGGCCGUGGGCAUGUUAGCUGCGUGGUUAAUCCAUUUGGUCAUGAGAUGGAACAUGGGUCCACGAUGCAGCGCAGGGGCACUGCUGCCGCCGGGGUCAAGGGGUCUCCCGCUCCUCGGGGAGACGCUCGAGUUCUUUGCCCGGAACCCAUCGCUGGAGCUCAGCCCCUUCUUGAAGCGACGCCUGGAUAGGUACGGUCCAAUUUUUAGGACAAAUUUGAUUGGUGAAGACCUCAUUGUCUCCAUGGAUCCAGAGUUGAACAACUUAGUGUUCCAAAAGGAGGAGAAGCUAUUCCAAAUUUGGUAUCCGGAGUCAAUCAUGAGAAUCAUGGGAGCCGACUGCAUUAUUGCGACACUUGGGACCUUCCACAAGCACCUCAGGACUCUGGUACUUCGGCUCUUUGGCCCAGAAAAUCUCAGGCUAGUUCUGCUCCAUGAAGUGCAGCAGACGGCCCAGGCUAGUCUACUCUCCUGGCUUGAUCAUCCUAGCAUCGAAGUGAAAGAGGCAAUCUCUAGUAUGAUAUUCAGCAUCACGGCAAGGCGAUUAAUCAGCUAUGACUCCUCAAGAUCGGAUGGGAAGUUGUGGAAGCAAUUCGAUGCAUUUCUUCAAGGACUACUAGCAUUUCCACUUUACGUUCCCGGCACAGCAUUCUACAAAUGUAUGCAGGGCCGGAAGAAUGUCAUGAAGAUUUUGCAGGAAAUGCUAAAUGAGAGGAAGAAGGAAACACAUCGGGAGAGUGUUGACUUUAUCGAUCUCUUGAUCAACGAUAUGAAGGAGAAGAACACUAUAAUGAAUGAGAAAAUUGCAUUGGAUUUGCUCUUCUUAUUAUUGUUCGCAGGCUUUGAAACCACGUCAUCUGGUAUAACUGCGGCACUCAAGUUUCUAGCCGAUGAUCCUAAGGCGUUGCAGGAACUAAUAGAGGAGCACAACAACAUUCGGAAAAGAAGGAUUGAUCCUGACUCUGAAAUCACAUGGGAGGAAUACAAGUCCAUGAAAUUUACAUCUCAUGUCAUACAUGAGGCAUUAAGGCUGGCUAACAUUGCUCCCUUAAUGUUUAGAAAAGCAAUAGAGGAAGUUCAUAUUAAAGGUUACACUCUCCCAAAAGGAUCAAAGAUCAUGGUUAAUCCUUCUAGCAUUCAUUUGGAUCCUACGGUUUACAAGGAUCCCACUGUGUUCAAUCCCUGGAGGUGGAAGGAUACUACUGAACCAGCUGGUGGCUCCUCAAAGGAGUUCAUGGCCUUUGGAGGCGGGCUACGAUUAUGUGUUGGUGCCGACUUUGCUAAGCUACAAAUGGCCAUCUUCCUGCAUUGCUUAGUCACCAAAUAUAGUUGGACAGCGGUCAAGGGAGGAACCAUGGCGCUUUCUCCUGGACUACAGUUUCCUGAUGGUUUUCACAUACAACUUGUCCCAAAAGCUUGAUGCGUGGAUGUCAAUGCUUCAAUACGUUCAAGACCUCUUAGCCUCUGGAGGAUUCACAAUAUAGUCGUUUAUACAGAUCUCUAGUAUGCUAUCAUGUCCAUGUGUGGCUAUGGAUUAGAAUAAUAAUGUAUAAACAUUGGUCAAACCAUUAUUUGUUUCAAAAGCUUAUUUAUAGUGAAGUGCAUGUGCGGUUUCUGCUUGCUCUUCCGUAGAAGCGUUGGAUACUCCCAAGUGUAAGCGGUGAGUGUGGUCGCAACGCUGGUGAUGGCGAUAACAGUGCUAGUGAACUGAGGUUCUCCUAUUCAGUUCGAACAGUGCCCUCGCUAUCUCUGUAUAUUCAACUCGUUGUGAGCUGAGGCUUUGCAGAACUGUUGUACUGACCAGUGUGUUGACUCCACUGGUGGGGACAAUCAGUGUGUUGAUCUUAUCAUUAAGUCAGAACAUGCUAAAUGUCACCAAAGAGAAUGCCAACGUGCGGUUUUUGAUUGACCCAGAGAGCCUAUCAUCAAGUCAAAGCGAUUGGGUAAAAUACCCCAAGAAAGUACAGUAGCAUUUUCUACUUGGCAAAUAAUACGAGAAAAGGUGCCACCUUUUCCAAUGAUCAUUUUGUAGUAUGUCAAUGUGUUGCUUUGGAGCAUGCCAUGAGAAAGAAAGAAAGGAAAACAGACGCUUAAUUUACAACCCAACACAGUGCUCGCACAGACUAACUGUUUUUACAUGGCCCUCCAAUUUGUAUACCUAAAUAAAUAAAUAUUCCUGCACGUUCUGAGUUGGUACCAUGACAAACCAACAUUUGUAUACAAAGAAACUCCGAGGGCAACACCGAGUGA